CUAAUUUACAUUCUUGAGAAUCAGAACUUUGGUUUCUGUUUCGCCAACCGACAUUAUUCUCGUAUCCAAACACGUCUCCUCUUCUUCUUCUUCCUCAAAACCCUAAAAAGGCACAGAAAGGAAGAAACAAUCAAUCUUUCGUUAAUGGCGGCAUCAGAGAAACGCUGCCACUACGAGGUAUUAGGCCUUUCGCGAGACUGUUCGCCAGACGAAAUCCGAGCCGCAUACAAGAAACUAGCUCUCCAACGUCACCCUGACAAGCUUAUAAAAUCCGGCUUGAGCCAAUCCGAAGCCACAGCUCAAUUUCAAGAGCUAUCUCAAGCUUAUGAAAUCCUCUCUGACCCUAAAGAACGCGCUUGGUACGAUUCUCACCGUUCUCAAAUCCUUUUUUCUAAUCCUAACGACGUUAGCUCUUCCGUUAUCCCAAAUUUGUUUUCUUUUUUCUCCAAUACUGUUUAUUUUGGUUACACCGAUACUGGUAAAGGUUUUUAUAAGGUUUAUUUUGAUGUUUUUAGUAAGAUUUAUGCUAAUGAGGUUAGUUUUUGUAAGAAACUAGGGUUAGGGUUAGAGAAUAAUGUCAGGGAAAUGCCUCUAAUGGGAAAUUUGGAAAGUCCUUAUGAGCAAGUUACGGCAUUUUAUAAUUAUUGGUUAGGAUUUGUUACUGUGAUGGAUUUUUGUUGGGUUGAUCAGUAUGAUGUUAUGGCUGGGGUGAAUAGGAAAUCAAGGAGGGUUAUGGAGGAGGAGAAUAAGAAGUUGAGGAAAAAGGCACGGAGAGAGUAUAAUGAGACGGUUAGAGGAUUGGCAGAGUUUGUUAAGAAGAGAGAUAAGAGAGUCAUUGAUAUGAUGGUUAAGAAGAACACUGAGAUGGAGAAGAGGAAAGAGGAGGAGAGAGAGCGGAAGAAGAAGUUGGAAAGAGAAAGGAUUGAGAGAGCUAGAGCUUAUGAGGAGCCAGAGUGGGCUAGAGUUAAUGAGGAGGAUGUGGAGGACAUUGAAGAGUUUCAUGAGGAAGAAAUGGAGAAUAAAAAGGGAAAUGGAGGGAAGGAAUUAUAUUGUGUUGUGUGUGGGAAAAAGUUUAAGAGUGAGAAGCAAUGGAAGAAUCAUGAGCAGUCAAAGAAGCAUAAGGAGAAGGUAGCUGAGUUGAGGGAGUCAUUUGAAAGCGAAGACGAGAACGAUGGGUACUUUGAUGGGGUUGAGGAAGACAAUCAUGAACACAAUGUGGAUGAGGUAGAGGAGAGGUUUAAAGAUGGUGUUAGGAUAACAGAUGAAGAGAAUGGGGUUGAAAAUCCGGAAUUGAUUAACAAGGAAGAUGGAUUCUUCGAUGCUGAGGAUUUUGAUGAGAUGGAAGGAUCCAAUGUGGAAGAUGGGAAUGGUGAUGAGGAUGAUGUUGAGGAUGGUGAUGCAGAAAUGAGUAUACUUGAGGCCAUGGUAACUGGGCACAAGAGUCGGAAAAGUCGGAAGGCAAGGCAUUUGGGUGAGCAUUUUCCAACCGAAGUUCAUGUAGAUGACGUGAAUGAGGAGCCGAACGUUACGGAAUACAAUAACCGGAAGACUAGGAGGAGGAAAGGCAAGAAAGAUAGGGGUAAAAGCGAUGGCAGAGUACCUGCUAGGGGUGACUUUGAUGAAAAGAGUCCAGAUGAUAAAAUUGAGGGGCUUGAUGAUAAGCGAACGGAGGAGUUUUCUUCUCAUUCUUUUGUGGAAAAUGAGAAUGAUGGGAACAUCAAUGAUCAUUUGAGGAAGAAUCAUCGGAGUGACCAACCAGUUGACAAUCAAAGGGCUAAAAAGAAAGAAUCUAAUACCAAAUCAAACAACUCCUCCAAAGGAAAGAAAGGAAAGGCAACAUUGAAGAAUUCUGGGAAUGAAUGUGAGAAAUGCGGAGAGGAAUUUGAAUCAAAAAAUAAAUUACAUAAACAUUUGAGCGACACAGGUCACGCCUCACUGAAAUUCAAAUGAGAAUUCUUUUGAGCCAUUUGCUAAUAUCUUCUUACCACAAAAGAAAUAAGAAGAUACUUGGAGACGUGCACACAAGGCAACAACCUGUUGCAGCUGCGUCCCAGUAGCCUGCUUUUGGUCUUUCAAGAUGAUGUUUCCAUUUUGGCAGUAUUUGUUUCCAAUUUGCGAAUGUUCUAUAUCAACGCGGAAAGGUAAUCCAGAGUUCUGUUGCAAAUUGCAACUUGUACUUUAAAAUUUUGAGCAAUGAAUAAAUUAUAUAUACACCAAUUCUUUGCAAA